AAGGGAGUGCUCAUCGGAGCGACUUGAAGUCUAGCUCAAGUGGUGGGAGGUGCAUGCAUAUAUGUGUGUAUGUUUGUGCAUGCCUGUACACACAUGCACACAUGCCCUUGACCUGCAGAAGAUCUGACAGCUAAAGAGAGCUCUACUCUUUCCCCAGAGCUCCUUAACCCGCAGCCUCUCUGACCAUCCAGUCGGCAACGACUCACAAGCCAUGAGGACCGGCCAAAGACAGUGAGAGGACGUGAAAGGGUAAAUCCCUCUGCCCCGCAGUCUAAUCUCCUGCCCUGACGGCCCUGCCAGCCAGCCCAAGGUUAGCCGUAGCGGAUGUCUGUAUGGCUGCCUUACUGAUGCCUCGGAGGAACAAAGGGAUGAGAACACGACUGGGAUGCCUGUCUCACAAAUCAGAUUCCUGUAGCGAUUUCACAGCCAUUCUUCCCGACAAACCCAACCGGGCUCUCAAGAGACUGUCCACGGAAGAAGCUACGAGGUGGGCAGAUUCCUUUGAUGUGCUUCUCUCCCAUAAGUAUGGGGUGGCCGCCUUCCGCGCCUUCCUGAAGACGGAGUUCAGCGAGGAGAAUCUGGAGUUCUGGCUGGCCUGCGAGGAGUUCAAGAAGACCAGGUCAACUGCGAAACUGGUCUCCAAGGCCCAUCGGAUCUUUGAGGAAUUCGUGGAUGUGCAGGCUCCCCGGGAGGUCAACAUUGACUUCCAGACCCGAGAAGCCACGAGGAAGAACAUGCAGGAGCCCUCCCUGACUUGCUUUGACCAAGCCCAGGGCAAAGUAUACAGCCUCAUGGAGAAAGACUCGUACCCCAGGUUCUUGAGGUCCAAAAUGUACUUAGAUUUGCUGUCCCAAAGCCAAAGGAGGCUCAGUUAGGCUUCAGAUGGGGACUCAUGGAAAUCACCGGCUUUCCCCUUCCCUGGCUGCCAAGACCAUAGUCUAACGUGAAAUAGCCUAGGUGUUCAGAAGAAGGGAACACCUUCUCCUGGGGUGGGAGUCUGGAGAUAAGGGAUGAAGGGUCAUUCCAAAGCAUGACCCAGCUGUCAGGGCCCGAGAGCUAUUCCCUUUACCCAUGUUUGUGUUUUGGUUAGUGGUAGCACCUUGCCAUGGUCACCCUUUCCUGGGUCACCACUUGCCCUUCAUAACACCUUGGGUCAUCUCCGCUGAGAAGGCAGAUUCGCUAUGCUGGGCUAAUCUGUAAAUAAUGCCAAUGCAGUUUCUAAUCCCUCGAUGCCCUCCGCAGUUAGAUGUGCGGACUCUUCACUUGUCCUCUACCCCUGGGAGCAGUAGCUGGGAGGCUCUGCCCAUCCUGGGACCUCAUGGAUCUGUGGAUCCCAUGUGUCUAGCACUGUCACUGACCGCUGGCCUCUGAGAGAUGGGGGAAAACUCCAUGUGGUUUGGCUGGUUCUUCCGUUUCUAUUGGACCAAUGUAAAAAGCUGUGACCACUGCCCAUGUUAGCCUAGGAAAUUCCCAACACUCCCUGACCCUUGCACUUCCAGAAAGGGCCUGGGGGAGAUGUCCUACAGGACGUGAGGCUGCUAUUAGGGAAGGUGCAGCAUGUGACUCUUCUCAAUUUUUACCAAGAAGUUUUCUAGAAGCUGAAUGACCAGGGAAUGUAGCACCAGUAGAUUUUUGUGCAAUGGGACACCACAUAACCUGUCUGUUGCUUAAUGUCAAUCUUUACUCACACCUCCCUGUAGGGUGGGGCAUCACCAGUCUCUUAGGAUGACCGACGGCUUGGCAAAGGGAGGUGACUCCCUGUCUCCCCUCCUUCCCUUCCAUGCAGGUCAUGUGAUUAUGGUGGGGGAGGAAGGGAACCUAGGCUUGCUUCCUGGGAGCAUGCAUUCUCAGAAAGGCCCCUCUCAUGAGGGUCCCCCUGGCUACUCAGCAGCUUCCCUCUGGAUCUCUGCGGAGUGUGGCUCAGAAGAUCACUGUGAACACCUGGCUUGGGGACAGUGGGCCUGGCCAUGAGAGUCUUCCAGAAAUGCUUUUCCGGACUCCCGGGUUGCUGCUGAAAUGUGUCGAGAGCUCUGCCUUGAGAGUGAGUGAGCAGCUUCCCUAUUCCACUUACUUAUAAACAGCCAACUUUAGCACGAGAGAAGCGCCAAGGGAUUGAAUCCUCAGAGAGACGAGAGAGCAGAGAAGGAUCUUGGAAGAGGGUCUCUGGGGGAAUGGAGGAGUUACUCCUGAGAUCAUUUGUGGCUAAUGGAUCCAGGUCCUGGAUUCAGUGCAGGUUUACAAGACCAUAAGCUUGACCAAAUGGGACAGCCGACGGGAUUAGGCACCAGCUCUGGAAUUCAGGCAGAGAAGAGCUGGGCUGAAGUCCACUCCUAGGUCAGGCCUUGUACUCCUGUUCAGUGAAUCUCUGAAUGACUUCUCUCCUUGGCAAAGGUGGACAGACCAGGAAGGCCCUCGAGUCCCCCUUGUGUUCAGGCCCAUCCACCACCUGCACAGGGUCAUCUAGCGUCUGGGGCACGGCCUCUAAGAACCAUCGAGCAGAGCGACAGCAGAGCCUUCCAGCCCGGAUGCUGAGACCUGUGCAGUUUUACUUUCAAGGACUGUGAAGCCUCCAAUGGGGUGUCUGGUUAGACUGGGUAGUAUCCCUACACACUAGUUAAGAAGGAGGAGAAAAAACAUUGUUAGCUAAUGCUGCCAGAAUUAAUGAUGAAAUUUCCUAACAGGGUAUUCUAAACAUUGUUUACAUAUGAAAUGUGCGUCUGCUGCCAACUCUCCUGUGGACGGCGAGGUGCGUGCAAACUGGAGCCGCACAGAGUAAUGGGGAUGGCCAAUGCUUUCACCACUUCCACUGUCCCAAGGAGAAAAGACCGAAAAGACGAUUGCAUGGUGACCGUGCUGGGGGCCCAGCGUGCUUGCCAACGACUGGUGGGGCAGAGGCAGUGGUGUCAUGGCGCCUUGGUGACUUCCUCCCGUGAUGAAGAGGUUUGAAGGACCAAGGCUGGGGUGCUGGGUGCAGCUGAGCGAGGGUAUGUGGGCGUGUGUCUUUGUGGAGGAAUGUGAUCGUGAUAUUUAUAGUUCGUCUGUGGAGCAUCCGUGUGCGCCUGCGUGCGUGACAAUUGUGAACCUUCAACCAGUGUAACCACAGAGAUAGUCUUCCUAUGUGGUGGGGCUCUCCCACUCCCUUGAUGUCUUGCUUCCCUCCCAAGAGGUACAGAGCUCCCCACUCUGAUGCCCACUCUUUGGCACGUUGGUCACGCCGGCCCAGGUUCUGGUCUGUGAUGAAACAAAGAGACAUGUUUACAACAUCUAGAGCAAUAUCCAAGCAUACCUCAUCCCUGGCCUCAGUGUCUCCCAGCCCUGCCCCCUCCCUCAUCUCCUCUUCCACAGGCCCUCAUCCGCCUCUCUAGGUUGGCACCCCUGGGUGUUGCAGUUUAUGUAUUGUCUUCCUGUGCUCCUUAUGCCGGCAUGUGCUGUGGACUACUUUCUGGGGUGCGGGGAGCUCGCUCUGGGCCUGGGACCUUUGCGCCAGAGGCAAGGCAGCGGGCGGUGCUGGGACAUCUAGGUGGGCUCUCAGCCCCUGGGUGGUCUUUGGGAGUCCUCACUAGAAAGCCUGUUACAAAUCCUGUUUCUUGGCUGCCCCCCCAAGCAAUGUUGAACCAGCAGACCUCGUGUGGGACCCAGAAGUCGGCAUUUUUAACACACCCUCGGUGGUGUAGUGGUCGGAGGUCCAAACUUGAGAAACAGCCCCGGAGAAGUGACUCGCCACUUUGGCUGCUAAUUAUGCAUAUAAACCUUGGGAGUUUUAGGAAACCCAACUAUCAGAUCCAGUUCUAGAGCCCAUGAGAAGCCCUGGGGAAAGAGACGAAGUCCUUGGUGAUUUCUUUAAGGAGCUAGGGGAAAGGCAGAGGUGGGCACAGGCACAAGUGUGAGGCCAGAGGGACAGAGCACAUCAACAUGAAAACAAGCAGAAGUACCGGGAACGUUCCCAGCCUCAGAACUCAACUUCCUCUAAGUCCUUCCCCACACAAGCUGCAUGCACUCUGUUUGGCAGCAGGAACGCCCACCUGCUGGGGCAGGGAGCUGAAGGUCCUGCGAGUUCCCGUGGCGUGUAGUCCUAGCCUGGUUCACAGUGCUUCCUCCAAACUCCCCCUGUGGGCUGCUGCUUGCCCCUGUUGGUUUCGUGCUAACUCAAGUUUGACUGCUUUACGUUUAGCCGAUGCCUCUGUUCCUAAGGCCAUGCAGCAGGGUAGGGUGGAACUCGGGUAGUCAGGGCAGAGUGUUGUGGUAGGAAUCGUUGCCAUGCUAACACAGAAACUUCUGAAUUUCUCCACGGAGGGGGUUCCUGAGGCCACAGUGGGAUUUGGGUCCUUGCUCCAAGAGCUUACCUGUCCCCCUUUGGCCCCAGCCAGGAGGGGUAGCCAGGGGGUUCCCAGUGGACUUUCCCCACUGGUGCUCUCCCCAGAACUUGCUGCUCUGAGCAAACCAAAGCUGUGAAAAGGGGUUCUGCCAGGCAGCAGGCCCAGUCUCGGGGUGCAGGCCGGCCCUGUCUGUGUGUCUCCUCAGCUCCGCUGGGUGUCUGGCUUCUCCAGACCCUAGGCUGUGGAGAGGCUUAUCCUGCUGGGAGGAAGUGGUGUGGGGCUUUGAGCCGAGAACUGCGGGAGGGGAGGGCGGCAAUGGAGAUGACAGAAGAGAAGGAGCCAGGCAUGGAAGACAAGACGCUUCUGUGGAGUCUGCCUCUCUGUGAACCAGAAGGGAGAGUGGGCUGAUUCCGAGGUGGGAGGCUCUCCUGUCACUAAGACUGCCCAGAACUCUUCCUCUCACCUGGCCUGCGGCCACUUUCAAGCAAGGCAGAGGGCCUCACCUUCCAAGUGUCAGCUCUCUCUAAACCUGCUUCCCUCUGCGUCAGAGCUGAGACCCUGUGCCCCUUGCCGGACGCUCGUGGAGCAAGUGGCUGAGAACAGAUGUGUCCUUGGCCCCGUGGCUUCCAGGACUCCAUAGGAUGCUGGGGACCAAGAUGGGAGACUUCCAGGUGGCACCACUGGCCUCCCAGGUGUGGGGCUCAGUUCCUCUCCAUAAACUGUCCCCUUUCUGAUCCCUACUCCUCGGGGACCCUUCUGCUCCCUCCCCCUGCUGGGUGCGGAAAAGGAGGCCGGGCUGAGGGGGUGCGCUGCGAGCACUGUAGAAUUAGCCGAGUCACGCGGCGCGCACGGCAGCCGCGCAGCCGCUCACCUGCCAUACAAAGCGCGUGGCUGUUCCGUGGCCGCGUACCGUGGAAUCAUGUCAUUCACCUCUACUCGACACCACGCUGUGAGCGCAUAAUAAACAGAUCCUGACCAAGCUGC